CGGCUACAGCCAGGUCCCCAGCGCGGGCCUUGGAGGCGGGCAGCCCCUUGACCCGGCUGACCAUCACCGUGCCCCUGCGUCCCUGCGCUCCGGCGCCCGCGCGGCCACCAUGAUGCAAAUCUGCGACACCUACAACCAGAAGCACUCGCUCUUUAACGCCAUGAAUCGCUUCAUUGGCGCCGUGAACAACAUGGACCAGACGGUGAUGGUGCCCAGCUUGUUGCGCGACGUGCCCCUGGCUGAGCCCGGGUUAGACAACGAUGUUGGCGUGGAGGUAGGCGGCAGUGGCGGCUGCCUGGAGGAGCGCACGCCCCCAGUCCCCGGCUCGGGAAGCGCCAAUGGCAGCUUUUUCGCACCCUCUCGGGACAUGUACAGCCACUACGUACUGCUCAAGUCCAUCCGCAACGACAUUGAGUGGGGGGUCCUGCACCAGCCGCCUCCACCGGCGGGGAGCGAAGAGAGCACUGCCUGGAAGUCCAAGGACAUCCUGGUGGACCUGGGCCACUUGGAGGGCGCGGACGCCGGCGAAGAAGACCUGGAGCAGCAGUUCCACUACCACCUGCGAGGGCUGCACACUGUGCUCUCGAAACUCACGCGCAAAGCCAACAUCCUCACUAACAGAUACAAGCAGGAGAUCGGUUUCAGCAAUUGGGGCCACUGAGGCGGGGCUCCCGCGGCCGCCUAGCACCCUUUUCGACCCAUCUCACCCUCUCAUUCCUCAAAGCUUUUUUCUUACUGGCUGUGGGGCGGGAAGGGCAGACUGCAUAUUAGGGGGCUGCAUACUUGCAGGAGGCGCGGCAGGGCUGCAAGGAGGAGGGGGCCUCGUGUGAGAAAGGAGAAGAAAAUGGUGGCCGGAGAGGGGAGGGCUCAAGGAACCUCCCGAGAGGAGGCCUGCAUUCUAUGUUGGCAGAAAUGGAACUGGGCUGACGCCCUGCAUUCAGCCUGUGCCUUUCCCUGGGUUUCUUUUCUGUUCUUUUCGGAGGAGAAGGGGGCGGCGAGCCAGGGCGCGGCGCUGGGUUGCCACACUUCGGAAAGAAGCCCGGAGCUGGGUGCUGCGGAAGGCGGGGCGCACAAUCUCCCGCCGCCCUGCGGUUGGGCCGGUGGAGGCCCAGGCGUUGUUGCUAGGAUUGCAUCAGUUUUCCUGUUUGCACUAUUUCUUUUUGUAACAUUGGCCCUGUGUUAAGUGUUUCGAAUCUCCUUGCUCUGAAACUUGGCAGCGAUUCCGUUGUGAUAAGCGCACAAACAGCACUGUCUGUCGGUAAUCGGUACUACUUUAUUAAUGAUUUUCUGUUACACUGUUAACACUGUAUAGUAGUCCUGUGGCACCCCCACCCCAUCCCUUUCAUGCCACUCCCGUCCCCGCCCCCACCCCAGUGUGUAUAAGCCGGCAUUGCGCCAGCUUGUACGAAGCUUGCCACUCAGUGAAAAUAAUAACAUUAUUGUGAGAAAGUGAACUUAACCGAAAUGGAACCAACUGACAUUCUGUCGUGUUGUACAUAGAAUGAUGAAGGGUUCCACUGUUGUUGUAUGUCUUAAAUUUAUUUAAAACUUUUUUAAUCCAGAUGUAGACUAUAUUCUAAAAAAUAAAAAAGCAAAUGUGUCAACUAAA